AUGCAAUUUACACUUAACUACAUCCAGAACAAACCCGAAGCAAUUGGCACAGCCGUCGAGCAAAUUAAGGCGCAGCUUAAAGAGCUUAGAGAGAAGUUGAAGAAAGAGCAAAAUGGUGGGACAGAAAAUGGCGUUAUUGACGUGUUGGAUGAUUUGAAAGAGAAUGGGCUUGGUGAUAAGGCGGGUUGGAGUCCAAUAAAUGUCAACGGUCAACCUCUCAGUGGUCUUGGGAAAAUCGAGAGUGAGCUUAAAGAGCAGAAUGAUAUAUUGCCCGAGCAAACAAAGGCUAUAGAUGAUGCCAUACUUGAAAUUAGGGGUGAACUUGCCAGGAUCGGAAUUGCGUUGAAACAUGAUUACAUCACUGAUGAUCUCACAGACGAGUUGACAUGGUUGGGAAAAACAAUUGGAAAAAACAAUCCCAGGGAUGGAACUGUUCAACGGAUUCAUGAUGAGAUUAAAAAGCUGCAAAAGGAGCAAUUUACUAAUAAACCCAGAGAAAUCGAUGAAGCCAACUCAGCAAUCAAACGAGAACUCACUGCCCUUCAAGGUGAGUUGCAAGGCACCAAGGACAGCGAUGUCAUAAAGUCACUAGAAGAUUUGAUGGGCGAUGGACUAAGUGAAAAGGACAAAUGGAAUGGUGACAAAAAAGGUCUCGGAAAAAUUAAUAGUGAACUUAACACUCAACAAAAUACGCUGGGACAACAACCCGGCAAAAUAGACCAAGGCGUCCGAGAAAUCACCAAUGAGCUUAACAGCCUUAGAGUGACGUUGAACGAUGACGUCACCGAGAAGCUCAAGAAGCUGAAAGACAGUGGCCUUACUGACGGUAAUGAAAAAUGGAAUGACAAUGGUUUUGAAAAAGGCCUCACUAAAAUCACCACGGACAUCGAAGCCAUAAAGGACAGGGACGUUAAGGACGUGAAGGACAAACUCAAGGAGCUGUGCACAGAAAUUCGUACCUUAGCGAGGGAGGCAAAAAGGGACUUGGAACAUGUGAAAAAAGACAGGCUGGAGUAUGAGUUGACUGGGAUAAAAGAGAAUCUCCGUAAGCUCCAGAUCCGUCUGGUGAGUGGGCCAAUGCAGGCCUGCAAGGAGUUCAUUAACAAGGACGCCGACAAGUUCGGAAGGGAGUGCAUUGCGUUCCUCACAGCGUUCGUCGACGGCCAAGUGGACACCGCAAUCGAGGACCUAACAGCCUUCGCCAGGCAGCAGUGCGCCGCCAACAUCAAGGAGGCGCUGAGGGCCUUCGCCCGGAAGGUGGAGGAAGAAUUGAAUCCCUUGCCUCCGUUAAUAACCGAGGAUCUGCAGAUAGGGUACAAAGGGUUCAUGUAUGAUUUCCAGCAACGCUUCGAGUCUCACAUCUCCCCUCUAAAGGGUACGCUGCAACUCGACGCCCUGUCCACAGCCUUCAAGCGGUUCCACCUGGCGCUCUCGGGAUACCUCAGCACAGAGAUCAGGAGGGUGCACAGCGAGGAGAGCAAAAAGAAGAAUCCCUCACUGCCCCCGGCAGAGGAUCACUACGCCGAGAAGCUUUACGGCGUCACCCACGCGCUGGAGUUGUUGCUGGAGCACAUCAGCAGGGAGAAACGUUUCGACCGCAGACUUCCCGAAAUGCUCGAUAAACUCGCCGAGGCAGUCGGAGCGUUGCGGCCGGAGAAAUUCGCCAAAGUCACAACUCCGAUACUCGACGGCGUGGCGGAGGCAGCGGACAAGUUUGAGAAGGAACUGAGAACGGUGUACAUCUCCACAUACGACGGGGCGUUUGAGGGCCGCGUGCUCUACCACGAGGGGAAGAAGGUGUACACCCCGGAGGCCACGAAAUGCGCCUUCGUUCUGCUGACAAUCACCGACACGCUGUUCCGCGAUUUGAACGAGCUCAGAAUGCAUUGCGCAGAUGAGUGGUCAGAUAAAUAA